CACCUGCUCCCUCCCACUCGCUCCCCACACAAACUAACUCACACUCGCUCACAACCAUGACAAUCUACACGUCGCACUGGGACGCGCCGGCCCUCCCCGAGACGUCCAUCUUCACGUACCUCUUCCCCGACAGCGCGGCCGACUCGCCGCUCGAGCGCUUCGACCCCGCGCUCCCCGCGUUCAUCUCGCCCCUCACCGACACGACCGUGUCCCGUGCCCAGCUCAAAGAGAACGCCCUCCGCCUCGCGUCGGGCCUCCGCAAGCUCGGCCUGAAAAAGUACGACACGGCCUGCGUGUGGGGCGCCAACUCUCUCCCGUGGAUCAGCGCCGUGUUCGGCCUCAUCGCCGCCGGCGUGACCGUCACCCCGGCCAAUGUCGCCUACGAGUCCCAUGAAAUCGCCCACCAGAUCAACGACUCGGGCGCGAGCCUCCUGUUCGUCGACCCCGCAAACCUCAUCACCUUCGAGAAGGCCAAGCCGAACCUGAGGAACAUCUUCCCCGCCUCGCGCAUCGUCCUCCUCUGCCGCACCGAGGACAAGCCCGAGAUCUCGCCCUACAAGUCGGUGUACGAGCUCUUUGGCGAUGUCGCGCCUGCUGAGCGCUUCGUCGGCCAGGACGCCAUCAACUCGGCCGCAUGGCUCUGCUACUCAUCCGGCACGACCGGCCUCCCCAAGGGCGUCGUGACCACCCACCACAACCUCACCAGCCAGCUCCAGGCGCUCAACGUCAUGCACGAGCCACUCAAGAGCGGUGAGGACUCGGUGCUCGGUAUCCUCCCCCUCUCGCACAUCUUUGGUGCCAUCAUUGUCCUCCUCCAGCCCAUCACCGUCGGUGUCCCCGUCAUCGUCCUCCCCAAGUUUGAGGAGGUGUCGGUGUACAGUGCUAUCCAGAAGUACAAGAUCACUUACUCCCUCGUCGUCCCUCCCAUCCUCAUCGUCAUGCUCCACUCGCAGAUCUCCAAGAACUACGACCUGUCGUCGCUCAAGGCGCUGUUGUCCGGCGCCGCCCCGCUCUCCAAGGAGCUCUGCACAGAGUUCAAGAAGCGCUACCCCGACUUCAAGCUCGCCCAGGGCUACGGCAUGACCGAGACGUCGCCCGUUAUCAUGAGCAUGACGGCUGCCGACGGCGCCGCCCACGAGGGCCAGUGUGGCCGCCUCAUCCCGACUUGGGAGGCGCGCCUCGUCAAGGAGGACGGCGAGAAUGCCAGCAAGCCUGGCGAGUCGGGCGAGCUCUGGGUUCGCGGCCCCAGCACGAUGAAGGGCUACCACAACAACACGGAGGCCAACGACAAGUCGUUUGCCGAGGGGCGGUGGUUCAAGACUGGCGACGUGUUGACAAGGACCGAGGACGGCUGGUACCAGGUCGUCGACCGUGUCAAGGAGCUCAUCAAGUACAAGGGCUUCCAGGUGCCGCCCGCCGAGCUCGAGGCGCUCCUGCUCACCAACCCUGACGUGGUCGACGUCGGUGUCAUUGGCGUCUGGGACGAGUCGCAGGCGACCGAGCUGCCGCGCGCGUACGUCGUCGCCAACCCGCGCCUGGGCCUCAAGCCGGACGGCUACGCAAAGUUUACGCGUGACAUUGGCGCAUGGGUCGCUGCGCGUGUCGCCCCGCAGAAGAAGCUGCGCGGCGGCGUGGUCGUCAUCGCCGCCAUCCCCAAGUCGCCCUCAGGCAAGAUCCUGCGCAAGGACCUGCGCAAGCGCGCCGAGGAGGAGAUCAAGGCCGCGGGCGGUCUCAAGACCGACUCGAGGUUGUAAGAGUAGACUGUAGUUAUAGAGCAGAUCUUGGACCGAUUGCAUGCUAGCAGCGACGUCGCCCCGUC